AUGAAUGUGACGGCAAUGGAUGAGCGCUUCUCGUUGAUGAAUGACAAGCAACAAUUGCAUAUUGAGGAAGCUACUCUGGAGGACGCUGGAAGGUACUCCUGCAUCGCCGAAAACAAGCAAGGCCGUGCUGAAAAGGACCUGCGCGUCGAAAUUUUGAAGCCACCAAAAAUGGACAUUGCGAAUCAAGCAAAGGACGUUUUGGAAGGCCAAUCAACUACGUUGGAAUGCCCGAUUUCGGAAAAUCUCGAGCAUACCGAAAUCAUGUGGACGAAGAAUGGAGUGCCAAUCACUACCUCACAACGGCUCCAACUUUCUAUCACCAAAGACAAGCUUCAUAUCAUGGGCGCAGAACCAUCGGACACUGCCCAGUUUGCCUGCACCGCCAAGAAUAAUGCUGGAGAGGAUCAAGCUUUCUUUGGGGUCACUGUUGCCACCGCUCCAAAAAUUCUGUCGCCAGCUUUCCAAAAGUUGGACGUCAUCACAAAUCAAACUGUCGAAGUGGAAUGUGAAGCUACUGGUACUCCGACACCCACUAUUGAAUGGACUAGGGAUGGAAAGCCUUUAACGAUGCUUCCAAACGUCAAGGUAGAAGAUGGUGGCCGAAUUCUCAAAAUCACUGGAGUAUUGCAAUCCGAUGCUGGCCGUUACAGCUGCAAAGCCGAAAAUAAAGCCGGCCAAGCUGAAGCCGACACUUUCCUUUCUGUGAAUUCUCCACCAAGUGUGAAAAUGGUCUCCGAAGACCUAAAGGUCAUCGAAGGACACGGCAUCACCAUCCGGUGCGAGGUCUCCGGCAGCCCUGCACCUCAAAUUGAGUGGCAAAAAGAUGGGCAACCCUACAACAAUGGUCUCAUCCAGUCGCAACUCUUUAUCCACAUCCAAGACGCGAAGCCUGAAGAUGCUGGACGAUACACUUGUAUUGGCAGCAAUCGUGCUGGAGAGCAACGAGCUAAUGCGCAACUACAGGUUUUGACCCCUCCAAAGAUCGAGAAUGAUGAGCGCUUGCUUCAAGUCAAGGAAGGAACCGAUCUUACCAUUGACUGUGCAGCCAGUGGAAAUCCCACACCAAAGAUUACCUGGAAGCGGGACGGAGUUCUAAUGAAAAAUCAAGACUCUGUAAAACUGGUUAUUCCUUCCGCUAAUGCCACUGUAGCCGGAAAAUAUACUUGUGAGGCGAGGAAUGAGGCUGGCGUAGCCAGAGCUGAUUUUGCAGUUGAUGUUCUGGUCAAGCCGAGGUUCAAAAAGAGCGACAACUUGAUCCGAGUCAUUGAUGGCGAGAAUGCAAGACUGGAAUGUAAGGCAGAAGGCCAACCAACCCCGACGAUCAAAUGGUUGCGUGGUGGACGUCCGCUUGAUGUUGAAGAAAUGGACAACCUAAUUCUUUCCCCACGUGGAGAAACAAUGAUGAUCGUGAAAGCAAGACGAAGUGAUGCCGGAUCUUACAGUUGUGUGGCGAAAAAUUCGGCGGGCGAGGCUGAGAACUCGUAUACGGUCGAAGUUCUCACCCCACCACACAUUAAUGAAACGAUCGAUCAAAGCCCGAGGGUCGUGCAAGGGAAAGAUCUCUUGCUCAGCUGCCCUGUGCUCGGAAAUCCGGAUCCGAAGGUUGAAUGGCUGAAGGAUGGCGAAAAGUUCAAAAUUGAGGGUCGCUUCAAAGUCAUUGAUGGAAAGCAUUUGCAAAUCACAAAGAUCCAGAAAGGUGAUGAGCGGCGCUACACCUGCAAUGCCACAAAUGAUGCCGGAAAUUUGCCGACGGUCUUCAAGCCGGAAGUUAUUGCCCCUCCGAAGCUGAAUAUCACUGGCCAAGUGGAAUAUGAAGUCCUGGUUGGAGAAAGUGUAACGAUCACAUGCCCCGUUUCUUCCGAUCCACUCCCUGAAAUCAAUUGGCUAAACAACCGCGAUGGAAAAGCCACAAAUGCAUUGGUUUUGACAAAGGACAUGCAAAUGAGCCCGGACGGAAAACAACUUGUACUCCGAAACGCUAAGAUUGAGGACAGCGGAAAGUUUGUUUGCCGGGCCUCAAAUGAAGCUGGAUCUUCUGAUGUCCACAUUUUGCUCCGGGUUCUUUUGGCGCCAACCAUCGAUCGGUCAAAUAUUAUUGGAAAUCCUUUGGCGAUUAUUAACAAGUCGAUUGUUUUGGAAUGUCCAUAUGCUGGUAUCCCUACUCCAACAAUGCGAUGGGCCAAAAAUGGAAAGUUGAUUGAAUCGGAUGAUCCUCACUAUUCAUUCUUGAACAAGAAUCAAUCAAUCCGUGUGAAUAAUGUGAACCUGAGCGAUCAGUCUCGCCUUACCUGCAUUGCCAGUAGCAAAGCCGGAAAAGCUGAGGAAGACUUUUUCUUGGAAGUUCUCACUCCGCCAACGAUGGAUACCACCGCCCCACAAAAGAUCUACAAGCGUGAAGGCGAUAUUCUAACAUUGAACUGCCCAGUGAAGAAACAUAUGGAUGGAACCGAACCAGCUGAAGUUUCUUGGAUUAAGGAUGGACGUCCAAUGGAGCUGUUGUCGAUGGGAAAUGUUGAAUUUUCAAAUCAUAAUCGACGGAUGACUGUCAAAUCUUCUACCGUCAAUGAUGCGGGUGCCUAUACUUGCGUGGCCAUGAACCGUGCUGGUGAAUCGACGCUGGACUUCACCGUCGAAGUGCUAUCACCACCGGCCAUGGAUCCAUCCAAGGCACCAGAGAGGAAGAUUACGGUACAUGCCGGACAGCCAAUGUCGAUUUAUUGUCCGGUUGUUGGCCAUCCAUUCCCGACAAUAAAAUGGACAAAGGAUGGAAAAGAAGUGCGAGAUUUUGAUGCUUAUCGAUUGUCGGAUAAUAAUCAAACGAUCGAGAUUAUUGUUUCAAAGGCUGAAGAUGCUGGCCAAUGGGCGUGUACAGCUGAGAAUGAUGCUGGUGUUUCGCACAUGGAAACUGAUCUUGACGUCUGGGGGCCGCCAACUGUCCAAGUCCAUUCCGACGACCCAAUCCAGCCAAUCGGAAUGUCGGUCACGCUUUACUGUAAUGGAAGCGGCAACCCAGACCCCCGGCUCAUCUGGUCAAAGAAUGGUUCCCCAAUUCUAUUCGACGACCUCCGAGCAAGGGUCAGCUUGCGAGGCAACCGCGUCGACAUCCCAAAACUGGAAAAAUCUGACGUCGGCACUUACACAUGUACGGCCGAAAAUGACGUCGGAAUGGCUUCCGACAGCAUUAGCGUUGAUGUUCUAGUACCCCCGGUAAUCCAACGUGACAACGUCGAAAUGUCCCCACGCCUACCAACUGGCCAAGUUUUGACUUUGCUGUGUGAUGCUACUGGAAAGCCAGAGCCGGAAUACACCUGGUACGCCAAAGACGUGGAGAUCAAAGCUUCUACCGAUGAACUCGUCAUGGAUAAGGACAAAAAGUUUAUCCAAUUGACCAAUGUUACUCUUGCUGAUCGCGGUAUAUACAAAUGCGUCGCGAAAAAUGUUGCCGGGGAGGAUACGCUGCUCUACAAUGUUGAUAUCGUCCAACCACCACAAAUUGAGAAUGGUGGCACGCAACAAGUGAUUGAGGGUGAUACGGCCACAAUCAGCUGUGCGGCUUCCGGUCAUCCUGAACCCGUUGUUUCAUGGCUGAGGAACGGUGUCCGGCUUGAAACUGGCAUUACUGGCGUACGGUAUCAUGCUGAAGGGCCGACACUGAAGGUUGUGGAUUCGCGAAGCAGCGAUUCUGGAAUUUAUGUUUGUUCAGCAACUAAUGAAGCUGGACAAGCACAACAAGCGUAUACGCUUGAAGUUCUUGUUUCACCUAAAAUCACUACCACGUCUCCUGAAUUGGGCACUGUACCACUUGGACAACCGUUUUCGCUGAAAUGUGGCGUGAAGGGUUAUCCCGAACCGGAAAUCUCAUGGACCGUCAAUGAGCAACCGAUCACCAGUGGAGCCGAUGGAUACACAAUCGCUGAGGACGGUACCCUAUUCUCGCAAGCUGCAAAGGGUAAAGAAUCGAACUAUCGCUGCACAGCCAAAAAUGACGCUGGUACCGAUCAUGUUGAGUAUGUGGUCAAGACCAUCAGUGCACCUGUCCUUAAAAAAGAUGGUUCUCAUGUAAUGAACGCCACAGAAACGGAACCUGUCAUCAUUACUUGCGAAAUUGAAGGCGAUUCCCCAAUAAUACAUUGGUAUAAGAAUGGGGUUCCGGUCGCCACUACAGCCAGCGUCACCUUUUCCGAAGACAAAUCCGCUCUUUCACUGCAAAGUGCCCGACUUAGCGAUGAAGGCGAGUACAGCUGUGUUGCGGCCAACUCUGCCGGAAACGUCACACAAAAAAUCCAGCUCUAUGUUGGAGUGCCACCAAAGAUCACGGAUAAGCCGAGACGCGUGGUGGUGAAGGAGGGAGAAUCAACAGAAUUAUGGUGUGAAGCUGUUGGAGUGCCACCACCAACCAUUAUGUGGCUGAAUGAGAAUCGAUCACUACCACACACUGCCACCGACGAAAAUUCGGAUAGCCGAAAAUCGUCGGCACUUUUCAAGGCCAUCACAUCGAACGAUUCUGGCGUUUACACAUGUCGUGCGGAAAAUUGGGCCGGGACUUCAUACAAAGAUGUGGAUCUGGUUGUGACAAUUCCACCCGCGGUCUUCCCUGAAAAGAGCAACACCACCGUCAGCGAGCGCGAAACGGUCCUACUCGAUUGUAAUGCCACCGGAAACCCCGAACCAGUUGUCUCCUGGGUUCGAGCACCAAGCACCGAGAUUACCGCCAGCGAAAAAUAUCAACUCCUCGGAACGUCGCUAGCCAUAAGGAACAUCCUAUCAGAUGAUGAGGGAUUCUAUCAUUGCAUCGCUAAAAGCGAAGCAGGAUCGGCAAUUGGUUCCCGAAGACUCGUUGUUAUACGACCGCAAGAUCGAGCGAAAGCUAUCUGGGUUGAGUGCGAUGAGGAGGGAAAACCAGUGAAGAGUUCGUUUGUGCCCGGAAGAGGAGAUGUACCCGAUGACAACACUGGAAUGCUCCAUUGGGGAGACAUUAGGGAUCGGUCGCUGGACGGAACAAACGUCUCAUGGAAAUGUCUGCCGGGCCCUCGAGGGCCACGCGAUUUGGGACCGCCCCAUUUCAUCCAUCAGCCAAAGGAUACGGAUUUGCUCACCGGCCAAUCCGUUACCCUAACCUGCAGCGCGGAAGGACCCCCAGUUCCCGACAUUAGCUGGAAGCACAAUGGCCUGCCACUCGACGUCCCAAAGGCUGCAUCCGGAUAUUCUCAGCUAACGGUGGUCAUGCACGACAAGUCCAACGCCGGCAACUACACCUGCGUCGCUCAAAAUAGUGUCGGGGAAAGUUUGAGCACAGCUGUUAUCGACUAUGCAGAACCACCGGCUGAUCGUUAUGAGGAUGAUGAAGUGCCCACUACAAAAGCGUACCCGACGCGAAAGAUUGCGGUGAUCGACUGCCUGGAUAGGGGGAAAGUUCAACAAUCUGGGAUGACGUGGAUGCAUGGGGAUCGUCCGAUUGAUCCUGCUACCGAGCCGGUGGUGUUGCUCAAUAAUGGAUCAAUGGUCGUGUUGGAUGUGGAUAGUGUGACGCCUGAGACGCUCGACUCAUAUCACUGCCGUAUGGGGAAAAGGAAGCGAAAGACGAGGAAACAUUUGAUGGAAGUCGACGACGCACCCCCGAAAGUAGCCGUGCCAAACCCCGUACAAAUGGCCGACGAAGGGGAAGAGGUGGUGAUGGACUGCCUACUGGCUGAGGGCCAGCCAUUAACAACCGAUAUCAAAUGGAUGAAGGGUGAUCAGCCUCUCGUUCAGACUGACAACGUCUAUAUCCUGCCUAACAACUCUCUCUACAUCGAGGAAAUUGUAACCGAAGAUCUGGGCGACUACAAAUGCCGCGCCAAGAAUUCCCUAGGCACCAGCUUUGAUGAUGUUUUCCUUAAAAAUACCGAGGACGAAGGGAAGGUGGGAAUCCUGCCCGGCUACGUUGUCGACGGGAAAACUGGGCAACUAAUUCUUCAAACUCUCACCACACCGCCAUCCUUACAGCGCAUAGCACCAAACAAGUCGAAAAAAACUGCCCGAGAACUGAUUGAAGAACUGCUGAACCGGAAUCUUGCCAAACAUUUGCCGGAUAUGGAGCAGACACCUGAGAUCUAUGAGAAGACGAUGGAUUUUAAGUUCAGCACAGGAGAUCGAUAUGAGGCCGAACAAAAAGUAAACCGCACGGAUCCGAACCAUCCCAUCAUCGGAAAAUUCUCUGGCAGCUUGCCAUUUGAAAAUGACACGCACGAGGCAAAGCUGGAGAACGUGACAACCCGGGUCACUGAGAUUGCGGCCGGAGAAUUUGUGGCUGUUGGGUCAGCCGACUUGGUGGUUGGAGAUGAGAUUGUGAAUAUUGGAACUUAUGAAAAGCUGAAGUUCAACAUGACCGAUCUGAAGAUUCAACCUGGCAGAUCCAUUAGAUUGGAAAUGGAAUUCUUGGAAGGAAAUCGUAACGCUACGGUGCAACCUCAUCUAGAAGACGACUGUGGUGAAGGGUUCGAACAGAAUGACAAUGGCUACUGCUCAGACAUUGAUGAAUGUGAAAGAAACAUCACGAUAUGCGAUAAGUACGAGAAUUGCGAGAACCUAGAUGGUACAUAUGAAUGUCAGCCAUUGUGCGAAAAGGGUUUUAUGCCAAAACUCGAUGACGGCGUGUGUGUGGACAUUGAUGAAUGUGACGACAAUCCAUGCCAGGCCAGCGAGUUUUGCAUGAAUACGGAUGGCUCCUACAUUUGCUUGGAUCGAAACCCAUGCCAACCCGGCUUUUGGUACAACUCGCACAGCGACAUGUGUGAAGACAUCAACGAGUGCGAGAAAGAACAUCCAUGUUCUGCAAAUCUGAAGUGUAUCAACCAACUCGGUUCUUUCAUUUGUUUAUGUCCGAAUGGUCAUCCACCUCGGGAUGGAAAUUGCGCUGCAGUAAAACAUCGCAUCACCAAAGUGCAAGACGCUAAACACCAUAAAUGUGGGCCUGGCUUCCACUGGGAUCCGAUUGUCAAUGAAUGCACAGAUGUCGAUGAGUGCGUGCAUGAUUGGAAAUGUGAAUGGAAGUGCCACAACACAAUUGGUGGCUACGAAUGCCAAUGUCCGGAAGGAUACUAUCUUGGUGAAGACAAUAAGUGUAAAGAUAUCGAUGAAUGCGAGAAUCCAAAUAUAUGCGCCGGAACGGGUGGUGCUGAACUUUGUUUCAACAAUUUUGGAAGCUACCAAUGCUUGUCUCAUCCGUGCCCGAAAGAUUAUCAUAUUGUCGAUAACAGCGAAUGUCAUCACGAUUGUCACGAUUGCCACAAACCGGUGAUUCGGUUGCAGAUGUUGCCGGUUAUCGCGUCCGUGCCGAUCAAUAGUGCGCUGGCAAAGUUGACGGCAUAUGAUAAAAACUCGAGGAUUGUUGCCGAUACGAUUUACACGAUAUCUGAAGAUCAAGACGAGGAGAAAACUAAAGGUCGAACAACCGCCGGUACCUACGGUAUCAGAACUGACCAUGGACAGGCAACAAUUCUAUCUGCCGCUCCAUUAAAACCGAAUGAGACUACGAAAUUGAGAGUAUAUGCAAAUUCUGAAACCAACGACAACUCACAUUACCUACUACAUGUCCACGUCUCCAAAUACAAUUUC